CAUAGGAAUCCAUCAUCCCAAACUCUGAGAGAAAAUAUGAGGUUCUUACAGAAGCUCAAUCCAUUAGUGUUUCUGCUUUUUUUUUUCAUAUCCUUUUCAACAACUUUAUCAUCUUCUUACUCAGCAACACAGCUCUGCUCUCACGAGCAAGCUGCAGCUUUGUUGCAAUUUAAGAGUUCUUUUUCCAUCAAUAAAAGUGCUUCUUUUAAAUGGUCCUGUGAACAACCUUAUGACACACCUUAUCCCAAGACAGAGUCAUGGAAGGAAGGUAUAGACUGCUGCUCGUGGGAUGGGGUUACUUGUCAUAAUGUCACAGGACAUGUAAUUGGCGUUGAUCUCAGUAACAGUUGCCUUCAUGGCUCAUUCCCUUCCAACAACAGCCUUUUUCUCAUAAAAAGCUUGCAAACCCUCAAUCUUGCCUGCAAUGAUUUUAAGCAUUCUAAAAUUCCGAGGGAAAUUGGUCAGUUUGCGAGCUUAAAGCAUCUUGACCUUUCUAAUUCAGUGUUUUCAGGCCAAGUUCCUGAAGAAAUCUCCCACCUUUCCAAGUUAGUUUCCCUGGAUCUCUCUCGUGUUGAGUUUCCUUUUGAUUCUUUGCAGGAAGAGGAAUCUAGCUUGAAAUUCCAGUUGAAAUUUGAUCCAAUUGCUUUCAAAGGUCUUGUUAAGAACCUAAGUGAGGUAAGAAAACUUUCCCUUGGUAGAGUGAACAUGUCAUCUGUGGAUCCUCGUUACAUAUUGAAUCUUUCUUCUUCUUUGACGGAUCUCAUUCUUUUUGAGUGUGACAUGGGAGGAAAUUUUCCAAAUAACAUUUUCCAGUUUCCAAAUCUUAAGGUGCUUGUUUUAUGUGAAAGCCGACGACAACUCGCUAUUAGUCUUCCAAGGUUCAAUUUGAGCAGUCCACUCAAAAAGUUGACUCUUUUAAACAUGCUUUGCUUAGGCAAACUUUCUGAUUCAAUAGGUGACUUAAAGUCAUUGAAGUUUUUAUUUUUGUCAUGCAACUUGCAAGGUUCCAUUCCAGCAUCAAUAGGGAACUUAUCACAACUUAAUCUGUUAGUUGGGGAAAUUCCUCAGAAAUUAGUAUCUUUGACAUCACUUUCUGAUCUGAACCUUUCCAAUAAUCAACUUGUUGGACUCAUACCGCUAGGCAAUCAAUUCAACACUUUUGAAAACAGUUCAUAUGAAGGAAACCUUGGAUUAUGUGGAUUUCCAUUAACAAAAACUUGUGAUGCAAAUGGGACGCGACAGAAACCACAAGGCUCCUUCCAUGAAAAAGAUGAGCUGUGGGGAUUCGGUUGGAGAGUUGUGCUGUUGGGCUACGGAUGUGGAGUCGUAUUUGGAUUGUUGAUGGGGUACCUUGUCUUCCAAACUGGAAAACCAAAAUGGUUCGUGAGCUUGGUUGGUGUCCAACGGAAUCAAAGAACAAGGAAGAUUAGGAAAGCUCGAGUACGUGCUCUAGGAAAUAUCUGAUUGCUUUUGCCUUUUGUGAUAGAGACCUUGAGUGUUUCCUGAAUGUUCUGCUUCAAUCUAUUGUGUCUUCUGGACAAUGUUUUCAGCUUUUUCGUUGUACUUUAGAAUUCUCUCUCUCUGUUCACAAUAUGUUUUGAAGGGUUAGACCAAAAUAAUAACAACUAAAGAAACAAAGUUCCGUUAG